CCUCCCCCCGUCGUGGAGGGGGAGAUGAAAAUUACUUCCAUCAUGGGUGUUCGGGAUACUACAAAAACGGGUGAAUCCAACGGAAUAGCAUCAGUCGAUCGAUCCGAUCCAAAGUCCAACGACAAUAUGAGAGGAGUAUUCAAAAUAGUGUGCGUGUUCGGUCUGUGCGCCUACGCAUUGGCGUCGGAAAAUACUACAGGUAAAUCGGUAGAUAAAGCAGAUAAAACCACAGCAACCGCCGACGAUAGCAAAACCCAAGGCAAGAGAGGCAUUUUCGACACCGGCUAUGGAUACGGAUCCGGCGGUUUCGGUCAUCAGCUCGCCGGCCACGACUACCACCACGAACCACAAGUGCUGUCCAAGACUAUCAUCAAGGAAGUCGCCCAACCGUACCCAGUCGAAGUCGAGAAACAUGUACCGUACCCGGUAAAGGUCGAAGUACCCGUCGACCGCCCAUAUCCCGUACAUGUGCCCAAACCGUAUCCAGUGCACGUCGACAAGCCCGUCCCGUACGAGGUCAAAGUCAAAGUUCCACAACCGUACACCGUCUACAAACACGUUCCUUAUGAAGUCAAGGUACCCGUCGACAAACCGUAUACCGUCCACGUGCCCAAGCCCUACACCGUUUACGUCGAGAAGCGCGUUCCUUAUGAAGUAACCAAGCACGUACCUUACACAGUCAAAGUGCCCGUCGACAAGCCGUACACCGUGCACGUGCCCGUCGAGAAGCACGUCCCUUACACCGUCGAAAAGCCAGUACCCUACCCGGUCAAAGUUCCGGUCGAUCGCCCGUACCCAGUGACCGUCGAGAAGCACGUGCCUUAUCCCGUCGACAAACCGGUGCCGUACACGGUCGAGAAACCAGUGCCGUACCACGUCAAAGUUCCUGUCAAGGUCGAAGUCCCUGUACCAUACGAAGUGCCACACCACCACCAUUACGAAGAACACUCAUCGUACGACGAACACGGAAGCCACAGUUAUUAAUAAGGUCUCAAUGAUCCGAGUUCAAAUUUUGUAAAAUGUAAUAUAAUAAUAUAUCAUGAAAAUGAAUUGAUUUAACCAUUGUACCUGUUCACGUCUGCGCUUAUACAUACGUCUUAUAUAACAUAAUUAUGUAUAUAUUUCGUAGAAUAAAACCAUUUUUUUUACCUUA